UGGAAUGUUUCACAGGCACAUGGUUUAUGAGUCUCAAAAUAACUUGGGACCUGCAAACGGACGAAUGCUAUUGCUUCAGUGGUGACAGGUUGUUCAGCUUCUUACAGCCAUCUCCCCCCAAAACCAAGGUUAACGCCUUUCUCCCCCGCUCCACCCGAUGGACUCCCAUACGUUUUGGUUCCAAAGGACUUGAAGGAAUUGCUUCAGUCAUUUUAAUCUCUUACUUCGGAAUCUUUAUCACCGUGAUUGCGUUGCCAGAGUUGGAUUUCAACAUCUGGAUAAAUCAGAAAAGCAUGCAAGACAAUACUUCAGAAUCUUCUACUUCGAUAACUCAACUACUGAGAGAGAGCUAUUUAGCUGAAAACAACCGCCAAGGGAAUAGUGAAAGAAGCAGAUCAGAACCGUCUCCACAUUCUUUCCACCGUGGCAGUAGUUCGGGUCCUUCAGACGAGGUGGCUAGCCAAGAGGACCUUCCUGAUCUUUCAGCCUUUUUGAGCCAAGAAGAGCUCGAUGAAAGUGUGAACUUGGCAAGGCAAGCCAUCAAUCAAGAUCCACUUGAGAACAAGCAGGACGAACAGAUACAUGUGUUCUAUCCCUCUGAGUUGAAAAACACUGGAAAUACCAUUUCAAACAAACAGCAGUUCCCAUCUAAGGCAGUUUCACCAACUUCUGACAGCAGCAUAAGGAAACAGCAAUCUGGUUCCGAGACAGAGUCGAAAAAGGAAUUCCUCAACAAGGCUGCAGAUUUCAUUGAGGAGCUUUCUUCUCUUUUCAAAGCACACAAUUCAAAAAGAAUCAGGCCCCGAACAUGCAAAAACUACAGGAGCAAACUUGAAUCUAAAAAUAAGGCUGCUCAGGACAGUGGUUCUGCUUUCUCAAAUCUCUCUGAAAACAGAGAAAGGCCUUGUGACCCAGUACCGCAAGAUUUAGCUGUAGCUGAGCACUCACUUGAAAACCCAGAUAACCCUCCACAGGCAGACUUGGAAGCUGUUAAUCAGCUAGAAAGUUCAGGGUUAACAACAGAGUCACCAGCUGCAUCUUUUUAUUCUGACGAGACAAUAGGCCAACCACCACAUUUUACUCAAAAGCUGAAGAGCAGGGAGGUCCCUGAAGGAACCAAAGUGCAGUUGGACUGCAUUGUGGUAGGAAUUCCAACACCUGAAAUCAGGUGGUACUGUGAAGGGAAAGAGCUUGAAAACUCACCAGAUAUUCACAUCAUCCAGUCAGGACAGCUGCAUUCACUAGUUAUUGUUGAAGCAUUUGAAGAAGACACAGGGCGUUACUCCUGCUUUGCUUCUAACAUCUAUGGGACAGACUCAACCUCUGCAGAGAUCUACGUAGAAGGAGCCUCAUCUUCUGAAUCUGAAAGCGACACGAGCACCAGCAAAGAAGAAAUGGAUCAGUACCAAAACCGCACCAAGAUCUCUUCAAAUGUGCCUCCUCCUCCUCUUCCUCCUGUUAAUACCACCCAUCAAGAAACACCGAAACCACAACCUUCUAUGGUACAUCCUGUGUCGAUACCUGCCUACCAUAGUCAAAGCCCCACCAACUAUUUACAAGGACUUGAUGGAAGGCCCAUAAUAGCUGCUCCAGUGUUUACUAAGAUGCUACAGGAAAUAUCUGCCUCUGAGGGCCAGCUGGUUGUGUUUGAAUGCAGAGUGAAAGGAGCCCCUUCUCCAAAGGUCGAGUGGUACAGAGAAGGGACGUUGAUAGAAGACUCCCCGGACUUCAGGAUAUUACAGAAAAAACCUCGCUCUAUGGCUGAGCCAGAGGAGAUUUGCACAUUGGUCAUUGCGGAGGUGUUUUCAGAAGAUUCUGGGAGUUUUACGUGCACUGCAAGCAAUAAAUAUGGGACAGUCUCCAGUACAGCUCGCUUAAAUGUAAAGGGACCUGAGGACCAGAAUAAUAACGCUGCUCUCCAUACUAUAAGUUCUAUCAGUAUAGUUGCUGCUGAGCAGCAGCCUUCUGCACCUGCCCCUUCACUUCCACGGGUGGAUCAGCCUCCAAAGCCUAAACUGGAAGGAGUUCUUGUAAACCACAAUGAACCUCGGUCAAGUUCCAAGAUAGGCCUUCAUGUGCACUUUAAGCUUCCUGAAGAUGAUCAAGGAAGCGAAGCUUCAUCAGAGGGUGGAGGAGGGCCUACAAGUCAAACCAGACCAAACUGCUUCCCAGAUAAGAUCAAUGGACAGAUAUUUAAAAACCAGGAGCCAACCUCACCUUCUAAAGAGCCACCUCCUGUGUUGGCUAAACCAAAACUGGAUCCCACCCAGUUAAAACAGCUACACACCCAGGUCUUGCUUGAGCAACAGCAAACACAGCAACCAUCCCCCCCACCUCCAAGAGAGUUGCCAUUCAGUACUGGCACACUGAACUCUGCUACUUCAUCCAACCAGCAACAGCAGCAGCCUUCAUCGACUACAUACAAGCAAAACAAGGGUCCCUCAACACAGACAUUCACCUACACCCGUCCUAAGCAGUUCCUGGCAUCUCAGAACACCACCCCAGCUGUCAGCUCUCCUUCCAGCUCCCCCAUGCCUUCGUUCAGCAACAUACCACAAGGAUCCCAGAGGACAACCAACAAGGAGAACUUCUUAGGAUCCCCACCAGCCCAGACAAGGCCUCCAGGAGGGUUGGCAAACCAAACUGAGCAGCCUCUUACAAGUCCCAGAGAACCUGUGUUGCCACCACUGUUGCUCUCUGUAUCUAGCAUGAAUCAGUUCCAGCCCCAAAAUGUGCCUCCUACUCCUCUCUCUCCAACUGGUCGAAUUCAGAACCCGGUAGCCUUCCUCAGCUCUGUUCUACCUUCUCUUCCUUCUACACCUCCAACGAAUGCCAUGGGUCUACCUAAAAGUGCGCCAACUCCUGGAAGCCAGGGAACCGUGAAGAAAAAUCUUAGGCCUUUGCCACUGCCAACAGAAGAUUCAAUUAGAGAUCACAAAGCUGCUGUUGUCAAGGACCUGGAGAAAAGGCUACAUUUACGGGAUGAUGCAUUUCCAUAUGGCCCGCAGAGAGCAACCUAUGAUGAAAAUCUGGCUCGCAAGCUUCAGGGACCAAGCAAUGAUACCCCAAUCUUCAACUUUACAGCUCAGGAUGUAUCUAAGGAAUAUAAAAUUUCCAGCUUUGAGCAGAGGUUGAUGAACGAAAUAGAGUUUCGCCUUGAACGUACCCCAGUAGAUGAAUCAGAUGAUGAAGUUGAGCAUGAUGAGAUCCCUACGGGCAAGUGCAUUGCCCCAAUCUUCGACAAGAGACUCAAGCAUUUCCGUGUCUUGGAAGGGUACCCUGCUACCUUCACUUGCAAAAUUGUUGGAAUUCCUAUACCUAAGGUAUAUUGGUUUAAGGAUGGCAAGCAGAUUUCAAAGAAAGAUGGACAUUUCAAGAUGAUCAGAGAGGGUGAUGGGACAUGCUCAUUGCAUAUUGAAGAGACCACGAAUGAUGAUGAUGGAAACUAUACAUUCAUGGCUGCAAAUCCACAGGGGAGAAUCAGCUGUUCUGGUCACUUACUGGUUCAAACUCCUCCAAUGCGUGGUAGAUUAACAACAGCAAUCCAGUCACACAGGGGAAGAUCCCGUAUACCAGAAGGAGAUAAGGAGCCUGUCCAGGAGCGAUUUUUCCGGCCUUAUUUUCUGCAGGCACCUGGGGACAUGGUAGCUCAUGAAGGACGGCUUUGUAGACUGGAUUGCAAGGUGAGUGGGUUACCACCUCCUGACCUGAUGUGGCUUCUGAAUGGCAAGCCAGUUUUACCAGACACCACUCAUAAGAUGCUGGUCAGAGAGACAGGAGUACACUCUCUGCUUAUUGAUCCGCUUACACAAAACGAUGCUGGAAUUUACACUUGCAUUGCCACUAACAAAACAGGACAAAACUCAUUCAGCCUGGAGCUUAGUGUUGUAGAAAAAGAAGUUAAGAAGGCUCCAGUGAUUCUUGAGAAAUUACAGAACUGUGGGGUACCAGAAGGACAUCCAGUCCGGCUAGAAUGCAGAGUGAUUGGAAUGCCACCCCCAGUCUUUUAUUGGAAGAAAGACAAUGAAACCAUUCCUCCCCAUAGAGAGAGGAUGAGUAUGCAUCAAGAUGCUACUGGGUACGUUUGCCUUCUGAUUCAGCCCGCUAAGAAAGUGGAUGCUGGCUGGUACACUUUGUCUGCAAAAAACGAGGCUGGUAUUGUCUCUUGCACUGCUAGACUUGACAUAUACGCCCAGUGGCAUCAACAGAUCCCUCAGCCAAUAAAGAUUCGCCCUGGUGGCACCCGAUAUGCAAAUCUCUCGGGGCAAGGACUCGACAUUUUUUCUGCUUUCUCUACUGUUGAGAAUCCAGUGAGGUUUUCGUCACCAUCCCAGCCUGUGGUAGAAAGUGAAGAACUUUAAAAACCUCCGAUUCCAAUCUUACCUGCAAAAAAACAACCACCACUCCGUAACUAGAACUGUGAAAAAGAAUGGAAGGUACAAGCCAGGAGGCUCAAGGUUUACAAGCAACUUGUAUUUGUUGAGUAACUGUAGAGUUGCUGCAAUUCCUGUGAGUAACAUACUGUACAAGAUCUUAGUUCAGCAUUGUACUGUGGGGUCACUGUAGCACUGAAUGCACUGCGGCAAGUUCAGUGCUCUGUUGUUAGCUGCCUCCCCUCAUAAUACUUGGGAGCGGGAAGAGUUUUAAGCUGUUAAGAGAAAAAGCUCUGCCCACUUUUUCUGCUUGAAUUAAAAAACAAACUACUGUACCUUAAACACAUAAUGGUAAAGGUUUUGGAUGUCCAGCUGAACACGACCAGGAGAAAUAUUGACAUUGUGAGAAUUCUGAAAGAGGGUAAGCUGCAUGACUUUGAAUAUAAUACUUAAAAGGCGACUGACAGUCACAAAGCACAAGUCAAAUGCCAGCAAAAAAAUUGAAAUGAAUCGUGAAAUAUUUGUUCAGGAGGAGUACACAAUUACAUCAAUAAGAGAUUUGGUGAAUGCAGAUAGGUGUAGCAUUUCAAAAAUACAGCAGAACAUUUUAAAAAAUGUUGUGGGCUUAUGUUCCAUGAAUUUAUGUACUCAUGGUGUAUCAAAUCCUAAUGGAAAAAACACCAUGCAUAUAGUUUGGAUGUUAACAUGUGCAAUUAAACAGCUUACAUCCUACAAAACACACAUUAUAUAGACACCACAGCUACCAUUGCUAUAUGCAUUUUGAAGUGUGCUUACUAGUUCUUUUCUCAUUUUAGGAAUUCCCUAAUUUGAAACAAAAAUAAAUGGCAUACAGGUUAUUUUUGUUUCAUUGUGAUAUGAAUUCCUUUCUCAGCCGGAGGUUUGGAUAAUUGUGUGUAUACAGUGGAAGGAUGCCAGCCUAAUACUUUGCAAAUGGACCUAUAACUACCUGACAUUUGGAGAUGGACAUAACUGAGUUCCACCUGACCAUCCUACUUCCUUCCCCGCCCCUUCACUUUGGACACGCACUGAUGAGAAAAUACUUCUACAGAUAUGCUAUACUAAACAAAAUAUUGCCCAUUUCAAUCAAAUCAAUUUGUUUCAUUUUGGAUACCAGUAGAGCUCCAAGUUUUCAAAGAGGUAAUUAUGCAUCUGAUUAUAGGGCAAAACUUUAGCAUUUUUGGUAAAAUGGCCCACCUGCACCCAGAAAAAACAAUUGUUAUUUGCCUGUAGCAGAAUGAACACACACAAAAGCUAUUUAUGAGAGAGAGGUAUUUACUAAUACAUCUCAUUAACCAGUUUAGAAUACUGAAUAAAACAGAAAUGCUGUUAAACAAAAUCUCGAUUAAAGCUAGGGAUAUGUGUUAGCAUUUUCUUAAUGUUUAAGCUAUUGCUCACGUGUGUGGUUCCAAUUUUAUUGCUAAGGGAUUAUUCUGUUGCCAUCAGGUCUGCCAAAGACCCCCAUAAAGCACAAAAGAUUGCUGUAUUAAUAGUAGAGAAUAGCCACUUCACUGUAUCAUCUCCAUACAGGCCAAACCCUUCCAUGAAAUAGAAUUAAAUUAUAAUUCAAACCAAGAGCCUGAGAAUUUUCUACUAUUGCACUAGUGAUAAGCACCUGCACCCAUUAUACACACAUGACCCGAGAUCACUAGCUUUUUUCCCUGAAGAAUCGUCAAGCUCAUGAAAGUCUGCCAGAGAUUCAAUGUUUAAAAAUAUAGACAGGAGAAGGGAGAUAUGCUAAGACUUUUAUAACAUGAGCAAGGUGCAAUAAAUGGUGGGUUGCUGUUUCAAGAACAAAGGAAUACUAUGAUUUACUGUAUGUUAACAGCAGAGAAGUCUCUUAGGCAGUGCUUUUCUUCUAGGGAAAAAGGGUGUUGGUACUGUGUAACCUUGAGUACCCCCAGUUUUCCCCAGGAAUAAGCACUGCUCUCAGGACACAUAAAUGUUACAGCAAAUGUCCAAAGUUUGGUUAAAGUUUAGAGGUAUUCACCUACCGUGUUCCAUCAGUGCAAGAAUUUGUACUUGUGUGGCAGGACUUUCUGCCCUCUCCCUUCCCUUAAGAUUUAGGAGUUGGACGGGGUUCCAUUGUGCAAGCAGAAAUCCCUGCACUGAUGGAACAUUCACUUAACACUAUGUUGAAUUCCACCCUUUCUAUUCAUGUGUAAAUGUUCCAGACAAUAGCUGUGCCCAACCUGAAAACUCAGAUGCAGCCAACUGCCAAUUUACCCAGGGGUUACGUUCUAAGCAGUGCACUUUUUCUAGAAAAAGAGGUGCCAGAACUCACCAUUAAUGCCUCCCUUGUUCUCUUAUAAUGGCAAUGGCGCCCACCUGAGGUGCUGGAACUGAGUUCCAGCUGAAAAUAAACCCUGGUUCUGAGGUACUGCAAGCGUCACUGAAAUUGUGUAUAUUUGAAACACCAUUGGAAAAGCCUGCAAACACCAUCUAAACCUCUGGAAAUGCUUGAACAACUCUUUACAAAACAGCAACACUUACCAGACACCAAACUCCAUCACCAUCGCUCCCUUCAAACCUCCUUUCUCAAACUCCAGCUCUCCACAGGCAUCAGCCAUCAGUAUAAGGGCUCCUGGAAUUGCAGUUGUAAAGGCUCCUGGAAUUCCUAGGUGCUGUUUUCAUGCCUUUUGCCUUUUCUGGGCUCUUUAAGGGCUGUUUUUUCCAUUUUAAAAGUCACUUCCAGGUUCAGCACGAUGUGUGCAUGUAUAGUUGCGCAUCAGUUCGAUGUACGUAAACUGGGAGUUGCCUGUAUACACCAAUGAAUAUUAAAAAUUACCUAUGUGAUUGGCAGCAUUCACUGGUUGUGUAUAUCUGAAAAACCCAAGACAUAUAAAUAUUUCUGAAAAUUAUAGACAUUACUUAGGAUUGUCAGUGUCCAUGUGUGAAUGUCAACGUUCAGUGAAUUUUGUUACAACAACUAAUUUAAUUAUAGUUGAUUUCAAUGGAUUUUAGUCAUGACUGACUGUUGUUGAUCCCACACCCAAACCUCCCAGACUAGUAGCUGUGUUAGGUAUGUUGCAGUAAAAACAACCAAGAGUUUUGUGGCAUAUAUAUAUAUAUAUAUAUAUAUAUAUAUAUAUAUAUAUAUAAUUUUAUGGCAUAAUCUUCCAUUGUCUACAGUCUACCCCAGCAGAUACAUGAAGCUUUAUCUUGAGAUAUGUACACAUAUACACACACCUUGUGGGGGAGGGGAUUAUAAGGAGUGAGGUCAGAGGAAAAUUAAGUACAUAAAGAACAGAGACGGUGAUAAUUUACGAAACAGUUGUUGAUAAAAUAGGCACCCUGGAAUUAGGUCAGCCAAUUAACACAUGAAAUGUAAUAAUAGUAAUAAAUACCUUUGUCCCAUUUCAAGUCGCAGUUGAUAGCAUUGAAGCUGCAGUUUAAUUUUAAUUCAGUGGUUUCACAUUGCAGUCUUCCUACAAAGCUCUUUUCUUUUUUCUUUUUUCUUAAACAGCCAUAUUAAUGGCAGUUUUACAAUAUUUUAUACAACAACUUUUGAUUCUGUGAUAUCAGUUGUGUGGAUAACAUAUGAAAAGAUAGUUGCAGUCACUUGCGGUAUAUACCGGUAGCCAAAAUGCAAAACAUAUACUCUGCCAGAGUUUUCUUCUGCAAUAUUGUUUGAGCUCUUUUCCCCCUUCAUUUCAUUGAACAGAAGCCAAACUGCCUUUGCACUUUUGGCUUAUGCAACAAAAGUUGUACCUGCAAAAUGACAGAAUUUUCAUAACAACAAAAUAAAUCUUUUUAAAUACCCACUUAAAUCUUUUAAAUACCCACUCAGGACUCGGGUAGUUCAAUAAAAUUUAACAACCCUAAAAUGAGCAGAGGUUUUUUAAUUGAGCUUUUCAAAAUUCAUUUAUUUAUAAAUGUAUUUUGUUCCUUUCUGAGCUUGGCUAAGACAAUACAAACUUUGCAAAGCCGAAAAAGACAUCCCCAGAAUCAGCAUAUAGUGUAGGAGAACACUAUUAAACCAGAAAGCUGCUUCCUGUCCUUUGAAACUAUUUAAAAUAUAGCUGCUCAAAUUUCUGUGUGAGUUCCAGCAGAGAGCAGCGUCGAAAGCACAACACUGAGGGUGCGCUGCAGGAAUGUUAAUAAUGAAGGCUUUGAACAUUCACCAACUCAAAUAUUUAGUAUUGGGAAACAAACAACCCUGUGUGGUUCUCAUAUGUAGGCAAAACAUGAACAUACCUAGCAGCAUUGAUAUCCUCAUAUUUUAGAAUGACUGAAAAUACUUUUUUUUAAUUAUGUCAACUGACCAAUGUCUGCUUCAAAAUAUGUUGGAAACUUGCUUUGAGUCAGAGAAAUGUGAUGUGUAAUACAAAUUGUGGAUUUUCUUUUUAAUAAGCUGCACCAGAAGGAUUUAAACACAGUUCUCCAAGAAGUGUUCUCAUAUCCUCUGUAAACUGUAACUGAGUUAAUAUGACAAAGAAAAGCUAACAAAACUUUAUAGCUGUUAAAUUAAAUUCUGCACAAGCCGGUGGCCUUACAGUCUACCAAUUUGGAGUUGUUACAUUUCCAUUAAAAUGGGUUUUUAUCUUCAUGAUAUGUGAAGGUGCAUACCUUCACUAGGAAAAAAGGGGGGAAUAAAUGUUGCAAUUUUAAAUAAUAUUUUAAAUGCAUAUAAAGGAAAUGUCAGAAUGUUCAGCAAAUGUAUUUUCCCUCCUCCAUGAAAUAAAUGCUUCAGAGUUGCA